AUGGCUGAUUCCCAAAUUAAUCUCCCCGUCACGGAUGCAUAUGUUCAGGUCCAGCUCCUCAACGGAGGCAGCAUGACAGCCGAAUACCAUAAGCUUCACCAGGGAGAACUAGCGGAACAAUUUCGGUUGUAUAAUUGGGCCUUUUAUAUAUAUCACCCAACAUCUCAACGUCAUAUUAUCUGGGAUUUGGGCCUAACUUCGGUCCCAAACGAUUACCCUCCAGCGAUCGGAAAUGGGGUAUUGAAAGAAGCCCAAUUCAAAGGUCCACGUCAGUCGAUUGCAGAGCAAAUUGAACGCCGAAACGGGAUCACAGCGGAGCAAAUCGAUACUAUUCUGCUUAGUCACGCGCAUUUCGAUCACUGUCGCCCAGUGCAGCAGACAUUCCCCAAUGCAACCGCCUUCUUUGGCCCCGGCACGUCGAAAUAUUGCUCUCCGGGCCACUUCGCGGAUUCAUCCUCCAUAUGGGAUGGACGGUUCUUUGACCCGGAACAAGCAACUGAGCAUUGGGAGACGUUACAGGGCCCAUGGGUGCCUUUCGGGCCAUUUUCCCAUGCGAUAGACUUCCUUGGUGAUGGGAGCUUUUGGAUUAUUCAAGCUCCUGGCCAUAUGCCAGGUAACCUGUGCGCCUGUAUUAGGCUGGAAAAUGGCGAGUGGGUUAUGUUAGGUUCUGAUUGCUGUCACUCACGAGCGUUGCUCGAUGGCACUAAGGAGUUUGCUAGUUUCAAGCUUCCCGAUGGAUCUACGUUCUGUCUCCACGUGGACGUCUCCGCUGCAAAGGAUACUCUGGCACGAAUGAGAUCAAUAGAGAGUCUGGGAGUUCAUGUUGCCCUGGCCCAUGACACUACUUGGAUGGAGGAGGAGAAUGACCCAGUUUUGCUAUCUUUGCUAGAUGUGGACUUCUUGUCGGAGAUGCGUGCUGCUCUGAAACAGCAAGCCCCGUUCUAG